AUGGCCAAAGUAAUUAUCCCAUAUAAAUACCAAAUAGAAUUGGAUGACAAUUUACCAUUAUGGCACGACCUGGAGACUAACCAUUCGGUUCAAUUUCUCAAAUAUCACAUGGACACGCCAGAAGAAUUCAUUAAAUAUAUCAAUGACGAACAAAUUAACUGUAUUUGGAUAACAGAGGAUUUUUUCACAUAUUUAGGAGGCCCAACACCCUAUUGGAACUAUUUCCCUGAUUCUAUGAAGGCUAUUGUAGUCCCAUGGGUUGGUUGCGAUUUUAUCGAUGGGAAGAGAUUAUGGGAAGAAAAGGGAAUUGUGCUUUGUAACGUUGGCCCUAAUGCAGCUUCAAAUGUAAGUGACCUAUGCUUAUAUCUGGUUUUAAGUUGUUUCAGAAUGACAAGUUUUUCCGAAUAUUGUUUCAAAUUUAUUGAUACAGGAGAUGUUGAUGCUUGUAAAGAUCAUAUUGGCAGUAAGAAAAGUGAUGUCAUUACACACACUUUAACUAAUAGCGAAGGAACGUCGUUUGAGUAUAAGUAUCCGAAGAAAAAAGAAAGAAGUGAUGUUCCAAUUAAUAUUGUUCAAAAUUACAAUUUUGGAGGGAAACAUAUUGUUUCACCAACUAAUAAGAAUGUGUUAAUUUUAGGGUUUGGUUCCAUUGGACAAAUGAUUGGUAAAAAAUUAAACUCUGCAUUUAAUAUGAAAAUUAACUAUUAUAAAAGAACAGGUCCCGUACCAAAAGAAAUUUUGGGUUAUGAUGCUACAUAUGUCAAUUCUUUAACUGAUCCAAAGGCUUGGUGUGAUGUGGACGUUAUUAUAUUAUCUUUACCAAGCAAUCCGCAGUCAGAUAAUAUCAUAAACAAAGACACCUUAGCCAUGUGUAAGGAUGGUGUAAGAGUUGUGAAUGUUGGUCGUGGAUCAUGUAUCAAUGAAGAUGAUCUUCUGGAUGCCUUGAACUCUGGGAAAGUAAAUAGCUGUGGGUUAGAUGUAUAUAAAAAUGAGGAUACCAAGGUCAAUGAAAAAUUAUUAUCCAGAUGGGAUGUCACAGCAUUACCACAUAUGGGUAGUGCAGAAUACGACAUUGUGCUAUUAGAAACCCAAAUUACAUUAGAAAAUAUUGAAGAUAUAUUUAUUAAGGGAGGUCAUGGUAUAUACACAGUCAAUGUAUGA